AUGCGUUGCAAGGAUAAUAUCGGUGUGCAGAGAAUUCUUUCCUUAUUCGAUGGCUCUAGUGAGAGGAGACGAUGCGACUAUGGAAUUGCUUUCGCUGCCCUCAUCGCCACGGCUGCCGCCUCCGGGUUUGGAUACGCCGGUGUGCCACUCGCCUACAGUCACGCCGCCCCGGUUGCUUAUGCCGGCGGAUACAAACAAGACUAUAUCAUCCCCCAGGCACCCAUCAUCAAAAAGUUCGCCAGGACUGAGGUCGUUGGCGUGGCCCCGAUCGAACACGGCCUCACUGUGAAGCACUACAGCGGCAACCCGGCUGGAUUCGGCUACUCACAACAAAGCUACGGCAUCCACGGUGUCCGCAAGUCUGACAGCUUCAUCGCUCAGCCACCACACAGAAUCGAAAAGACCAUCGAGUACGCCGCCCCGAUCGUGCACAAGACCGUCCUCGCCCCGGUCCUGCAAAAGACCAUCGUUGCCGCCCCGGUCCAUCCAGGAUACUACCAUUAAGGCGUAUCCUUUCCCGUAAUUUCAGCAGAUGAACCACUCCUUUUAGAUUUUUACUUCGCCUAUUUUCUGUGAUUGCUCCGAGUUCAAAUCUUGACAAUUUCGGACGCGCUCUAUCCAACUGCUGCGGCUGCUCUUCCAUGAUGAAUUCGCGUUUCCUUUGAAAUAGAACAAAGAUGAUUUUGCACUA